GGUAUUUAAGCAGCGUGAGAAGGGACAACUGUUAACAAAUUCUUUGGUUUUCCACACCAUCACAUCUUUACAGACACUGCAUCUCAGCCAAAAAGAGGAAGGUACCUAGAUCAGUGGGCAGUAAUGUUGCUGCCCACCAUCACCGUAUUGGCAGCAGUCCUUCUGCUCCUGCCGCGUCCCACCAUCCAGUCAUGCAUAUCUGGCACACAAGAGCUCUGCGACGCGGCAGAAUUGGCCCCGGGUUCAUCCCUAGCUGGCGAAGGUUUUGACAUUACCACAAUGCAACGCAAGGGAGCUUUUGUCAUCGACAUGAACACCUGGGAAACCCAAAACAAGACCUGCACCCUCUGUGCAAACACCUACUUUGGAGGGAAAAUGCAGAGGAUUCCUACAUCUGUCACGAGCUGGAGGCCCCUUCAUAAAUGCAGCAUGGCAAUCAAGAGCGAACUGAUGGAGUCUGCCCUGUCAGUGGCUGAUCACGUUAGCAAGAGUGUGGAGAACGACUGGAAGAUAGGUUUAGGUUUGAGUAAGGCUGGGUAUGGAGCCUCCCUGGCCCUUUCUGGGACAUAUUCAAAAAUGGCCAGAACCGCCAUGAAGAAGAGCAAGGAAGACCACUUCAACUUUGUCAGCCACUCAGUCCACUGUGGAUUUUACAGCUACAUGGUCUCCAGCAAUCCAAACCUACAUCCAGAUUUUGCCAAAGCUUUGGAAAAGCUCCCUAAGAUCUACAGCCCCAGCAACAAAGAAACUUAUGAUGCUUUCUUUGACACAUAUGGCACUCACUUCCUAAAAAAGGUGAAGACCGGUGGCAAGACAGAGUCCAUGACCAGUAUCAGGGAGUGCAAAGCCUCCAUUAUGGGCCUGAGCUCUGAUGAGGUCAAGACGUGCCUCGGUGCUGAAAUUGCUGGAAAAAUCCCAUACAAGGUUGACGUUGACCUUAGCGCAGAAAUGAGGUUCUGUAAUGGCAAGAAAAAUAAAAUUGAGGGGAGAAGAAGCUUCUCAAACAUCUUUCAAGACAGGGUCACAGAAAUCAUCGGUGGGCAAACGACAGAGGGUGAGCUCCUUUUCUCUGCAGAUCGAGAUGCGUCUGGCUAUAAGAAGUGGCUCCGAUCCCUGCCAGUCAACCCAGAUGUGAUCUCUUACACGCUGAAGCCCCUUCACAAGCUGAUAACAGAUAAAAAGGUGAGGAGAGAAAUGAAGCUGGCCAUCGAUGACUACAUCAUCAACAGGAGCCUGAAGAAAGAAUGCUCUGACAAAUGUCAGGUUGGAAUAAGAACCAAUCCAGACUCCUGUGCCUGUCACUGUCAGAGUCACAAGGGCUUAGGCCGCAACUGCUGUCCAACACGCAGUGGCUUAGCUAAGAUUGUUUUGACCAUCAUAAGGGCACAUGGUCUAUAUGGCGACUACAGCUCUAAGACUGAUGGGUACGUGAAGAUCUACGAUGAGAACAAAAUACUGCUUGGCAAGACGCGCACAAUUCAGGGUAACAACUCUCCUUACUGGGACAGGGAGUUCGACAUCGGUGACAUGCUUUUGUCUGCGAACAGCAAACUCAAAAUUGAAGUGUGGGAUGAAGACACCCGUUAUGAUGACCUCCUUGGGACGUGCUUCGCAAAACUUCAAUCGGGUGACCAGGGGGAGAAAGCUUGCCCUCUUCAAUACGGGGUGCUGUUUUACAGGCUGGAGGUGACCUGCGGUCCCAGCCUUAGAGGCCCAUCUUGCGCUGAAUACGUGGCCUCUCCCAUGAACAGUGUGCUGGAGAAGCUGUACGUGUCUCGUCAUGCUCAUCCCAUUCCGAAGCACAUGCUUUCCCAAAUGGGAAUGCGGUUGGAUAGGCAAGCAUUCAAUUACACGCUGACGGACCAAAGCUCAGUUCAGACCGGUGGUAAAGCUGAUCAGCUGUAAGUUCAAGCAUAGAUGCUGAGAUUCUUUCUGACAAUGAAGCAGUUUGUUUUGCUUGUCAAAGUAUUUAAAAAAGCAUCAUGCAGUUAGAUUGAGCCACAGCCUUGACCAGUUAUAUGUGUGAUAUAAGCAAGAAAAAAAAGAAAAAAAAAAGAAAAAGAAAUAUGAUUACAUAAAAUGUACCUAUAUUGUAUUCACUUCUCACUGUGAAUUAAUGACAAAUAAAGCAUUUGGAAAUAGGCAA